AUGGACCUUAGCGAAAAGACGGCCAUCAGUGGGAGUGAGGACGAAGAAGAACAUGAUUUGGGUUUUUCUAAAGAGCUCGUAGACGAAAUUCGGUCAACAAAACAGAGCAAUCCAGGAAUGUUCGUUUCGGCAUGGCAAGAGGAUGACGAAGGUAUUGUGGAAGGUGAUCUUGGCGAUGUAAAAGAAAAGUUCUUGAAGGAAGCUGAAAACGGGAACGUGGACGCUCUGAAGAACAUGCUUCAGGAUAAUCCUCACCUUUUGUCAUGUUCUGACGAUGACGGGUACACAGCUUUACACCGAGCUGCAUACAACAACCAUCUGGACGCGGUUACGUUCUUGUUAGAAUGCGGUUCUGACCCUGAAGCCAGGACGAAUCAAGGCUGGACACCUCUUCACUCAGCUGCUAACUGGGGAAACUAUGAAGUGAUCGGUCGUUUGAUUUCUCAUGGUGUCGAUGUGAACGCUCGUUCUAAUGGAAAUGUGACGGCCCUUCACCUAGCCAUAAGCAGCCAAUGUGAAAACGCCGAGAACGUCUUCCACAGUGUCCGGUAUCUUCUUCAAGCUCCAGGUAUAGACGUGGGCGUACCAAGCGGUGCCGGUGAUACUCCCGUGGAACUUGCUCGACGAACAUCAGCCAUGGUUCACAUGCUUUUAACUGAUCAUUUAAACCGGUGA